AUAUAUCAAGGUUUGAUCAUGAUAUGACUUAAAUUAAGUUUGAUGAUAAUGUAAACAAGAACAAACAUGGAAAACUCCGCACCAUGCUUUUUAAUAUUAGAAGAUGGAGAAAUAAUCAAAGGACAAUCGUUCGGAGCGAAGAUACCAAAAAAUGGUGAAGUUGUAUUUCAAACUGGAAUGGUGGGAUAUCCAGAAUCCUUAACAGAUCCCAGUUACAAUCGUCAGAUAUUAAUUUUAACUUAUCCUAUUAUUGGGAGUUAUGGUGUUCCUGACCAAGAACUCAAAGAUGAGCAUGGCAUUCCCUGUUUUUUCGAGUCUUCCAAGAUCUGGGCAUCUGCAUUGGUUGUGGGUGAAUAUUGUGAUUAUCCCAGUCAUUGGAGAAAACAACAAACAUUGUCAGAAUGGAUGGUGCAGGAAAAUGUACCAGGUAUACAAGGAGUCGAUACAAGAGCGUUGGUGAAAAAAAUUAGAGAGAAAGGAAGUUGCCUAGGAAAAAUAGUGUAUGAGCUACCCGAAACAACUGAAUUAACAACCUUUGAGAAUCCAAAUAUAUUAAACCUAGUCGCAGAAGUCUCAGUGGCUAAACCAGUUACAUACAACAAAAAUGGAUAUCCAAGAAUUUGUGCAGUUGAUUGCGGCUUGAAGUACAACCAAAUAAGAUGUCUCUUGAAAAGAGGCGCUAGAGUAGAUGUUGUUCCAUGGAAUCAUAAAUUAAAUGUAGAUGAGUAUAACGGUCUCUUUCUGAGCAAUGGCCCAGGUGACCCUGUUAUGUGUAAAGACACAAUAGAAAACAUGAAAGUAGUGCUAAGAUCUCCAAAAAUGAAACCGAUCUUCGGUAUUUGCUUAGGACACCAACUAUUGGCUUCUGCCAUAGGAUGCAAGACAUUCAAGAUGAGUUAUGGUAAUCGCGGACACAAUCAACCAUGUGUUCAUGAACAUACGAAAAAAUGUUAUAUGACCUCACAAAAUCACGGUUAUGCUGUGGAUCCUCACUCCUUGCCCAAGAACUGGGAACCCCUUUUUACAAAUGCUAAUGACAAAACAAACGAGGGAAUAGUUCAUACCAAACUUCCAUAUUUUAGUGUACAAUUUCAUCCAGAGCAUACAGCUGGGCCAGAAGAUUUAGAAUGUCUAUUUGAUGUAUUUUUAGAUCUGGUGAAAAAUCAGGACAAAAAGGAAAUGACUGCUAUGGAAAGUAUCAAGUCGAAAUUAUCAUUCAAAAAAGAACUUUCUAGUAUUGCGAGGCCAAAAAAAGUUCUUAUUAUCGGAUCAGGGGGAUUAUCUAUUGGACAAGCUGGAGAGUUCGACUAUUCUGGAUCACAAGCAAUCAAAGCUCUUCGUGAAGAAAAUAUCCAAACUGUCCUCAUCAAUCCAAAUAUAGCUACAGUUCAAACUUCUAAAGGGCUAGCUGAUAAAGUAUAUUUCCUACCUCUAGUUGCAGAGUAUGUGGAACAAGUAAUCAAAGUUGAACGUCCUGAUGGAGCUCUACUUACCUUUGGUGGUCAGACUGGUCUGAAUUGUGGUAUUGAAUUAGAAAAGAAAGGAGUAUUUGAAAGAUAUAAUGUGAAUAUACUAGGAACUCCCAUUCAAUCAAUUAUAGAUACAGAAGAUAGAAAAAUUUUCAGUGAAAAAAUAAACGCGAUAGGAGAAAAAGUCGCUCCAAGUUUAGCAGCUCAUUCAGUGAAUGAAGCUCUGGAGGCAGCAGAAGAACUAGGUUAUCCUGUAAUGACAAGAGCAGCAUUUUCUCUAGGGGGGUUGGGUUCUGGGUUCGCUAAUAACAAGGAGGAACUAAGAGUACUUGCUAUCAAAGGUUUGGCACAUUCAGCUCAAUUAAUUAUCGACAAAUCACUUAAAGGAUGGAAAGAGGUCGAGUAUGAAGUUGUUAGGGAUGCCUAUGAUAACUGUAUAACAGUAUGUAACAUGGAAAAUGUCGAUCCUUUAGGAAUUCAUACAGGAGAAUCCAUUGUUGUAGCACCAAGUCAAACAUUAAGUGAUAGGGAAUACAAUAUGCUUCGAACAACAGCCAUAAAAGUUAUUAAACAUUUCGGAAUCGUUGGAGAAUGUAAUAUUCAAUAUGCUUUGAACCCUGAUUCUGAGGAGUUUUACAUAAUUGAAGUGAACGCAAGAUUAUCGAGGAGUUCUGCAUUGGCCAGUAAAGCUACUGGUUAUCCAUUAGCUUAUGUAGCAGCUAAAUUAGGAUUAGGAAUUCCACUUCCUGACAUCAAAAACUCAGUUACAGGAGAUACAACUGCUUGCUUCGAACCUAGUUUAGAUUAUUGUGUUGUCAAAAUCCCUAGAUGGGAUUUACAUAAAUUUCAGAGGGUCAGUACUAAAAUAGGAAGCUCGAUGAAGAGUGUGGGAGAGGUAAUGGCAAUUGGAAGAAAAUUUGAAGAAGCGUUUCAAAAGGCACUCCGAAUGGUCGAUGAAAAUGUAUCUGGUUUUGAUCCAUAUAUAAAACAAGUUGAAGAUGAAGAACUGGAGCAACCUACUGAUAAGCGAAUGUUCGUUAUAGCUGCAGCCUUGAAAAGUGGAUAUACCGUGGAUAAACUUUAUGAACUCACUAAAAUUGACAGGUGGUUCUUGCAGAAAAUGAAAAAUGUAAUCGAUUGGAAUACAUAUUUGGAAUCGCUAACUCCAGAAGAAGUCACUCGAGAAAUAUUAUUGAAAUCUAAGCAAAUAGGUUUCUGCGAUAAACAAAUAGGUGCAGCAGUACAAAGUACAGAACAAGCUAUACGAAAUAUGAGAGAGGAAUUAAGUGUCAAACCAUUUGUAAAACAGAUAGAUACUGUGGCAGCAGAAUGGCCAGCAACAACAAACUACUUAUAUCUGACGUACAAUGCAAAUUCCCAUGAUAUCACAUUUGAUGAGGAACAUGUGAUGGUACUUGGCUCAGGUGUUUAUAGGAUUGGAAGUUCAGUAGAAUUCGAUUGGUGCGCUGUUGGUUGUAUUCGAGAACUUCGAAAAUUAAAUAGAAAAACAAUUAUGGUGAACUACAACCCUGAAACAGUCAGUACCGACUACGAUAUGUCGGAUAGAUUAUAUUUCGAAGAAAUUUCUUAUGAGGUUGUUAUGGACAUUUAUAAUAUAGAGAAUCCAGUUGGUAUAAUUUUAUCCAUGGGUGGUCAGUUGCCUAAUAAUAUAGCAAUGGAUUUAUAUCAUCAACAAGCAAGAAUUCUGGGAACAUCUCCAAAAUCCAUCGACGAGGCUGAAAAUAGGUUCAAAUUUUCCAGAGCGUUGGAUAGAAUAGGAAUCAAACAACCAAGAUGGAAGGAACUAACAAAUCUCAAAUCAGCAAUCGAAUUUUGUGACGAAGUCAAAUAUCCUUGUCUAGUACGUCCAUCGUAUGUUUUGAGUGGGGCUGCAAUGAAUGUUGCUCAUUCAAAUAAAGAUUUAGAAACUUAUUUGAAAGCGGCAAGUGAUGUCAGCAAAGAACAUCCAGUGGUUAUUUCCAAAUUCGAAGUAAAUGCGAAAGAAUUAGACGUAGAUGCUGUGGCGAGAAAUGGUGAGAUUUUAUGUAUGGCACUUUCGGAGCAUGUUGAAAAUGCUGGCGUUCAUUCUGGCGACGCUACUUUAGUUACACCGCCUCAAGACAUUAACCCUAAAACUUUGUCUAAGAUAAAAGCAAUAACAAAAGCAAUCGCAGUAGAACUAGAUGUUACUGGACCCUUCAAUAUGCAGUUGAUUGCUAAGAAUGAUGAACUCAAAGUCAUUGAAUGUAACGUCAGAGUAUCUCGAUCUUUUCCAUUUGUGUCCAAAACUCUAGAUCAUGAUUUUGUGGCUAUGGCAACCAAAGUUAUUAUGGGAGAGCCUUGUGAAGAAACAAAGGUCUUGCAUGGCGUUGGAAAAGUAGGGGUGAAAGUGCCCCAAUUUUCAUUUUCUAGAUUGGCUGGAGCCGAUUUCAUGUUGGGUGUUGAAAUGGCAUCUACUGGUGAAGUAGCUGCAUUUGGAGAGAACAGAUAUGAAGCAUAUCUAAAAGCCUUGAUGAGCACAGGCAUAAGUAUGCCAGAAAAAUCUAUUUUCUUGUCCAUAGGCAGAUAUGAGCAUAAAAAUGAAUUACUACCUAGUGUAACCGCUCUUGCAGAAAUGGGAUAUAAACUAUAUGGAAGUCCAAGCACCGCCGACUAUUAUUCAUCUAACAACGUUAAGAUUGAAUUGGUUGAAUAUCAUAAUGUAGAUGAUAUUACCAGUCAAGAGUUAGGCAAUUUGGCAGAAUUUCUAUCGAAGAAACGAUUUGAUUUGGUGAUCAAUCUUCCAAGAAGAGAUGGGGGCGCUCGAAGAGUAUCAUCCUUCAUAACUCCUGGAUAUAAAACCAGAAGAUUAGCAAUAGAUUUCUCUGUGCCUCUCAUAACCGAUAUAAAAUGUGCCAAACUCUUAGUCGAGGCUCUCAAAUUGAUUGGUCGUGCACCUCCAAUGAAGACUCAUACUGACUGCUUAACAUCGAAAACUCUGUUUAGACUACCAGGUUUUAUUGAUACACACGUUCAUGUAAGAGAACCUGGAGCUACUCAUAAAGAAGACUAUGAUACUUGUACUGCUGCAGCUUUAGCAGGAGGUAUUACAAUGAUUUGUGCCAUGCCAAACACAAAUCCUGCAAUAAUAGAUGAAGAAUCUUUGCUAUUGGUCAAAAAGUUGGCUAAAGAAAAGGCAAGAUGUGAUUAUGCUGUAUUUUUAGGAGCGUCUUCAGAAAACUAUACCACUGCUGCUGACUUAGUACAUGAGGUGGCUGGAUUGAAAAUGUACCUAAAUGAUACUUUCACGACACUAAAACUCAAUGAUUUGAAUGUGUGGACGAAGCACCUUUCUAACUGGCCUAAAAGAGCCCCAUUGUGUGUUCAUGCGGAGGGCCAAACUACCGCUGCCAUAUUAUUUUUAGCAAACAUGCAGAAUAGACCUAUACAUAUAUGCCAUGUAGCUCGCAAAGAGGAAAUAUUGGUUAUUAAGGCUGCCAAAGAAAGAGGUAUGAGAGUUACUUGUGAAGUUUGUCCACAUCACUUGUUCUUCUCAACUGAUGAUGUUGAGAGAAUUGGUGAAGAUAAAGCCCAAGUUAGACCUAUGUUAGUGUCUCCAGAAGAUCAACAAUCGUUAUGGGAUAAUUUACAUAUCAUAGACUGUUUUGCUACCGAUCACGCUCCCCAUACUAUUCAAGAAAAAACAUCACACAAUCCACCACCUGGCUUUCCUGGACUCGAGACUAUUCUACCGCUAUUAUUGAACGCCGUCAAUGAAGGAAGAAUGACCUUAGAUGACAUUAUAAACAAAUUCCAUAAAAAUCCGAAAAAGAUUUUCAAUUUGCCAGAACAAUUCAAUACUUAUGUUGAAGUUGACUUAGAUGAGGAAUGGACUAUUCCAGAAACUACUGCUUUCAGCAAAGCUCAAUGGACACCUUUUGCUGGUAAAACCGUAAAAGGAGCAGUGCAUCGGGUUGUAUUGAGGGGUGAAGUUGCCUAUAUGGAGGGACAGAUAUUGGUCCCACCAGGUUAUGGCAGAGAUGUUAAAGAGUGGGACACAAGAAAAUCAAUGCUGAACCUAGAGGUCAGGCCACCCUCUGGCUUGAACCGCCCCGUUUCACCAAUUCCUUGUGUGUAUAAUUCCGUUGAUGACUCUGAUUCUGAAACAAAUGAAAUAUUCUCUAAACUAUUGGAACCUAGACUAUUAUCACCCAUUCCAUUCAAUGUGCCUAGAGUUGUAGAAAAUAUGCCUCAUGGUGUAGGAGAUCCCCAAAUGUUCCAUACUCUGCAAUCACUGCAUGGAAAACAUAUACUGGCAGUUGAUAUGUUCUCUAAAGAUCAGCUCAAUAUAAUUUUCACACUGGCUGAAUCCUUCCGAAAUUGCAUUUUGAAGGAUGAACUACUCGAUCACAUCAUGAAAGGAAAAGUAAUGGCUUCAAUUUUCUACGAAGUGAGUACCAGGACAAGUUGCAGUUUCUCUGCAGCAUUGCAACGUUUGGGAGGCACAGUCAUACAUAUGGAUGAGACUACUUCUUCAGUGAAGAAGGGAGAAUCUUUAGAAGAUUCUGUCGCUGUUAUGGCGGGAUAUUCUGAUGUAGUAGUUUUAAGACAUCCACUACCUGGUUCUGUUCAAAAAGCGUCUAAAGUCAGCAGAAAGCCCAUUAUAAAUGCAGGAGAUGGUGUUGGAGAACACCCUACACAAGCUCUCUUGGAUAUCUUUGCCAUAAGAGAAGAAAUAGGAACAGUAAACGGACUGGUUAUUACAUUAGUUGGAGAUUUGAAAAAUGGAAGAACUGUACAUUCUUUAGCCCGUCUUCUUACUCUUUAUAACGUGCAAUUAAACUACGUCAGUCCAGAUAGUUUGAAAAUGCCAAGACACAUUGUGGAAUAUGUUAAAUCUAAAGGUGUAUCUCAAGCAGAAUUUAACACCUUAGAGACAGUUUUACCGCACACUGAUGUUUUGUACAUGACAAGAAUUCAGAGAGAACGGUUCGAAACUCAGGAAGAAUAUGAUCAGGCAUGUGGUCACUUUAUAGUCACACCACAUAUGAUGACCAGUGCCAAAAAGAAGAUGAUUGUUCUUCAUCCCUUACCGAGAGUUUUUGAAAUCAGUCCAGAAUUUGAUACAGAUCCUCGAGCUGCAUAUUUCAGACAAGCAGAAGGAGGGAUGUAUAUCAGAAUGGCCUUAUUGGCUGCAGUAGCUGGAAAGACUCAUCAAUUGAUGAAGUAUAUGGGUCCAUUUGUUUGAAGUCAAUUAAGCCAUUAAAUUACACUUUCCAGAAUUACAAAGAUUUAUAUUAUUAGUAACCAACAUGUAAUUUUACAUUCCAUUUUAAUAUUCCGUUGUAGAUAUGUAGAUAGUAUCUAUCUUAAUUUGUUUUUCCAUUUGUUAUUUAUGUGAUAUUCAAUGAAUGCUCAACAAGAUUUUUUAUGAAUCAUAUUACAUUUAAUUACAAAGU